GUCAGAAGUUGACUCACCCAAUCUCACUCUCGUUCUCACUCCCGUUCUCUCUCCCACUCUAACCUCCGACAAUGGGAAGCUCCAAUCACGGAACUACUGUGGACUCUUUCCUUUCCAACCAAUCCGCCAAGGUCUUCGUCGCUGGUCACCGUGGUCUUGUCGGCUCCGCCAUCGUCCGCAAGCUCCAGCAGCUUGGAUUCACCAAUCUCCUCCUCCGAACCCACGCCGAGCUCGAUCUCACCCGCCAAGCUGAUGUCGAUGCCUUCUUUGCUGCUGAAAAGCCCCAAUUCGUGAUCCUCGCCGCUGCCAAGGUCGGUGGCAUCCACGCCAACAAAACCUAUCCCGCAGAUUUCAUCGCCAUCAACCUCCAAAUCCAGACCAAUGUGAUCGAUUCAUCCUAUCGCCACGGCGUAAAGAAGCUACUGUUCUUGGGUUCCUCUUGCAUUUACCCUAAGUUUGCUCCGCAACCAAUCACCGAAGAAGCAUUGCUCACGGGUCCAUUGGAGCCCACCAACGAAUGGUACGCUGUGGCGAAGAUCGCCGGGAUCAAGAUGUGCCAGGGCUAUCGAUUGCAACACGGUUUCGAUGCGAUCUCUGGCAUGCCCACAAAUUUGUACGGCCCGUAUGACAAUUUUCACCCCGAGAAUUCGCAUGUGUUACCGGCAUUGAUUAGGCGGUUUCAUGAGGCAAAGGUAUCAGGUGCGAAGGAGGUGGUGGUUUGGGGCACCGGAUCACCCUUGAGGGAGUUCUUGCACGUAGAUGAUUUGGCAGAUGGAGUGGUGUUUUUGAUGGACAAGUACAGUGGGUUGGUGCAUGUGAAUGUGGGGAGUGGAAAGGAGGUGACGAUCAAGGAGUUGGCUGAAUUGGUGAAGGAAGUGGUUGGGUUUGAGGGUGAGCUUGUUUGGGAUACAUCAAAGCCCGAUGGGACACCGAGGAAGCUCAUGGACAGCUCGAAGCUAGCAGAAUUGGGAUGGGUCCCAAAGAUAGCACUGAAGGAAGGGCUUGUUGAUACCUACAAGUGGUACUUGGAGAAUGUCAAGCAAUGAUGCAGCUAUUUCUCUUCCCAAAAUAUAUCGAUCGUGUUUGUCAUUUUCUAGAUGGAAAAUUUUCAAGGAUGAAGAAAUGGCAUGAUUACAAACAAUGUAUUGAAGUCAACAAAAAUUUCAAGGAUGAAGAAAUGGCAUGAUUACAAAGAAUGCAUUGAAGUCAACUUUUUUACCUUCUAUAAGCAGGUUGUUGGAUGUUGUUGAGUGUAUGAAGUCAAGUGUUAACUUAAUGUUACUAUUGAAAUGUUGAAAACUCAGCCAGUGGCUAGAGGUCACUUAAUGAACCAUUUGUUGUUACUAAGAUGUUAUAACUGAAGCAAUUAGACUGGUAUGAACAAUUUAAAGAGACAUUUGAA